AUGCAUUCUGAGGGUAGGUCGGGAAUCCUGUCCAACUGUAACCGUUUAUUCCUGCAGAACUUGGGAGGGUUUGCUUACACUGCAUCCCUUCAAAACUCAACACUACUACAGCUGAUGGAGAAACUGCUGACAAACUAUAACAAGGGAGUCCGACCAGUCAAAAACUGGACACAACCUACAACCAUAUACAUUGACUUCAUCCUUCAUGCUGUGCUGGAAGUGGAUGGCCAGAACCAAAAGCUGAGGACAAAUAUCUGGUACCAGCAGAUAUGGAUGGAUGAGUUCCUCAAAUGGAAUCCUAUAAGGUUUGAUGGCAUCAAUGAAAUCUCGCUGCCCAUUGAAUCUAUUUGGAUCCCUGAUGUAUUAAUCCAGGAAUUUAUUGAUGUAGGAAGAUCACCUUACAUGCCCUAUGUGUAUGUGAAUUCCUCAGGGCAUAUUAAGAACUACAAACCAAUACAAGUUGUCUCCGCCUGCAGACUGGAGAUUUAUGCCUUCCCAUUUGACAAACAGAACUGCACCUUCACAUUCUGUAGCUGGCUGCAUACAGUAAAUGACAUCAAUCUCAAGCUUUGGAGAAGCCAUGAAGAGAUUGAGAAUAACACCAGUGCGUUUGUAGAUGACGGUGAAUGGGAACUCCUGUCUGUUCCAUCCAAGUAUGAGAUGUUGUAUAAUGAAGGAAGGGAAUAUGCUCAAAUUCAGUUUAAUGUCAUUAUAAGACGAAGGCCAUUGCUUUACGUGGUCAGCCUGCUGCUGCCCAGCAUAUUUCUGAUGUUGGUAGACGUGACCAGCUACUUCCUGCCUCCGAACAGCAGUGGGCGAAUAACAUUCAAAUCCAGCAUCCUGCUUGGAUACACGGUGUUCCGGAUGAACCUGAGUGAUGACCUUCCUGCUACUGCAAUGACCACGCCCCUCAUUGGUGUGUUCUUUGCUGUCUGUAUGGCCCUUCUUGUGAUCAGCUUGAUUGAAUCGAUUCUAAUUACCAAGCUCCUGAGCAUGAAUGAGGAAGCUGAACCCAUGACUGCUGUCUCCAAGUGUUGUGUCUCGAAGCUGAUUUCUUCAAAUCGGAGCACCACAGACAGUUUCUGCACUUCACUUAAGACCCAAGAGGGCAUCUGUGAUGACAGUGCUUCUGACAGUGAUACCGAAACUCCUGGACAACAUCAAGCUAAAAUUCUCAACCAAGAGGCCCAAGCUUUGCAGAUCAAAGAGCUCCCUGUGAAAGAGAUACUAAAGGAGAUUUCUUCAAUCAAAUUCUACUUGUAUCAGCUAGAAGAUCCAAUCAAUCCUAAGAAUGAUUGGCUGGCAUUUUGUUACAGAUUUGAUACAUUUCUUUUCCGUGUGUAUUUGGUGAUACUUGGAGUUUACACCGUUACAAUGAGUACCCUCUGGCUGAUAUGGAGUAACCCUUAG